AUGCGCACACGAAGCCCAAACUCGUGUUCUUGCCGUCCUGGGCUCGCCGAGGACGCCAUUCAGCCUGUUUUGCCGUCGUCUGGAAAACGUGAGUAUUCGCGGCUUGUUUUCACCUACAAUAAGGCGAUAUCGAUUCCCUUUUCAGAUAUUCUGACCCUGGUGUUUCUUAAGAUCAUGUUCUUCGCGAUUUCUGUCGGAAAUAUUUCGAAAUGAGAAAAAAAGGCCAUAAUUUAUGUUCAUCAUUGUUUGUUUGUUUUGCAGUCGCGACCAUGAAUGUUCCUGAGUGCCCGGUUAAGAAAAGUAAAUCAGUGUAAGUGAAGUUAAAAUAGAUCCAGUUACAGUGGAGUAACAAUCGAGUAGAAAAAGGUUCAGUGAAGGUUUCUUUGACUUGUACCUCCUGACAGUCCGGCGGUGUUUACCUUUUGCUCAUUUGAAAAGCAAUUUCAUUUUUUAACUAAAGAUUUAUACGCCUGAAUUGGAUUCUAAUAUUUUUAGGAAGCCAGUGGUAUGGAGUUCUUUUCGCGAUGAGAUGUGCCGGGAAAUCAUGGUUGUUGAUCUCUUCACUGGAACAAAAAAGAGCCCUGUAGCGAGAGAGAGAAAAGGGAAGAGGUCGCUGAAAACUUGAACCAAAUUGAAGCAGUUUAUUUCACAGUUGACAAAAGGGUAGUUCGAGAUCGCUACAACCUUCUCGCGUGGCUAAAGAACUGAGGAGCAAACUGAAAAAAGAGAAAAAAAAAACUGGUGGAAUUGAAACCGGCAUGAGCAGCAUUGAAGUGGCACUAGGAGUUUAGUGUGUUGUUUCUGUAUUCUUGUAUUUUGAUG